AUGACCGAUCCGAGAAGGGCACUUUUACCAAAGAUCUUUGGACCAAUUCUCGGACUUCUCAUCUUAGUUCUUCUGGCUGUACUUAUCGCUAUCUUCUACUUAAGAGGUCCAAGCGAUUUUUCGGAUAAUUAUCGUCAGUCAUCGCGAGAUCAAAACGGGAAUCUCAUCACUACACAAUCUCCACUACAAAGAUAUCAAUCAAUACGAGGCAACCGAAUGGCUGCUGAUUUGGUGACGAAAAUGAACAAAGCUUCAAAUGUGUCAUCUAAAAUCUCAAUAACUUUGAGUCCAACAAUGGAAGUAAACGACUUAAAUGAGAAUCUAAAGCUUAAAAAAAAGAAAAGG